GGAAGAGCCUGCCUAAUCUGGAGCACGGAAAUCAGCUUCCGGGUCAGGGGCGGCUUGACAGCGAGAUGGGGAAGAUGGCGGCGGCAGUGGGCUCCGUGGCGACGCUGGCGGUGGAACCUGGGGAGGACGCGUUUCGGAAGCUUUUCCGCUUUUACCGGCAGAGCCGCCCCGGAACCGCAGACCUGGAAGGGGUCAUCGACUUCUCGGUGUCCCACGCAGCCCGCGGUACGGGACCUGGUGCCCCCAAGGUGGUCAAAUCCCAGCUAAAUCUGUGCUCAGUCAGUGACCAUGAUGCACUCAGGGCAGGACUUCAGCCGGUCAGCAAGUGGCAAGCCCACGGACUCCAAGGCUAUCCUGGAUUUAUUUUUAUCUCAAACCCCUUCCUCCCAGGUUACCAGUGGCACUGGGUAAAGCAGUGCCUUAAGUUAUAUUCCCGGAAACCUAAUGUAUGUAACCUGGACAAGCAUAUGACUAAAGAAGAGACCCAGGAUUUGUGGGAGCAGAGCAAGGAGUUUCUAAGGUGUAAAGAAGUGAAUAAACGGAGACCCCGAAGUUUGCUAGAGAAACUACGCUGGGUGACCCUUGGCUACCAUUAUAACUGGGACAGUAAGAGAUACUCAGCAGAUCAUUAUACACCUUUCCCUUCUGACCUGGCUUUCCUCUCAGAGCAAGUAGCUGCUGCCUGUGGAUUUCAGGGUUUCCAAGCUGAAGCAGGUAUCCUGAAUUACUACCGAUUAGACUCCACACUGGGGAUCCAUGUAGACAGAUCUGAACUAGAUCACUCCAGACCCCUGCUGUCAUUCAGCUUUGGACAGUCUGCCAUCUUUCUCCUGGGUGGCCUCAAAAGAGACGAAGCCCCCACCCCCAUGUUUAUGCACAGUGGCGACAUCAUGGUAAUGUCAGGUUUCAGCCGCCUGUUGAACCAUGCAGUCCCGAGGGUCCUUCCCAGUCCAGAAGGGGAAAGCCUGCCUGGCUGCCUCAGGACGCCUCCCCCAGCUGACCUCCCCAGAGACUCGGUGGUGGAGCCCUGUUCUGGGGAGGACUGGCAGGUGUGCGCCAGCUACUUGAAAACUGCUCGUGUUAACAUGACUGUCCGGCAGGUGCUGGCCGUGGGUCAGGACUUCCCUGUGGAGCCCAUGGAGGAGAAUAAAAGAAACAUCACCACAGAAGGUUCCUGCCAUCUGGAUGAUGACAGUAGCCAAGUCAAACGAGCGAGGCUAAACCCUGACUGCUGAGACUCGGAGAGCCCAUUCUUGUGCUCCGGCAGGUUCUACAGGAAAUGGCUGUGCUGUUUUUAUUGCUAUCGACGUUAGCACCAAGACAGGCCAGAAACAGAGUCAGGGAAAAACUCAUCAUUGAUCACACUGUUGCCUUAGAACUCAUCCUGAAGAGGAAACUGAUUAGCCACUUUGUUCAGAGAAGUGUUUGACAUUGUCCAGUCCUGGUUAGGUUUUGGCAGUAAUGUACGGAGAAAUCCAAGAAGGUAUGACCUUCCACAAGCACCUUCUCAGUCUUGCCAUCACCUUUGAGCGAGAUAGAAGUGCAUUUCCAUGUCUCUGGAAUCUUUAAAUACCUCAAGUUUUGUUGAUGGGAAACAUUCUCCUUCCACCACCCUGUCUAGGGAUUUGUGGUAAAAUUGUGGUUCCAUGAACCGACCAUUAGUCUUACCUUAAUUCUUCCAAUCAAUGUUGAAUUCUUUGGACUCCUCUGGUCUUCACAGAAGAAUCCUGUACACAUAACUGGAAAUCACAUCUCCUAGGAAAGAGAUUAAUCCCAGCUAUGUCUCUUGCCUAAAAGGUAAACACACAUAAACCCAAGGAAAGAGGAACAGUAGUUUCUCCCCACGUCUUUUGGGUCUGUAAACACUUCUAUUGGCUUUUAAAUGCAAUUUUAAUUGUUGGACUAAAAAAAUCCUAAGGGUAUUUUGUAACUGUUUUCUCUAUGAAUAAACUUACUCAAUUUUAAAUUAAA